GUUGCCCGGCCGCCCGGUCCAGCUCGGUCCGCGGAGCGGUGGAGGGGUGGAGGGGGAAGGGACGCGCUGUUUGGUCCGGCGGGGAGGGUGGGGGAAAGCUGACGGGAGGACAUGCAGGCUCGCUACUCCGUGUCCAGUCCCAACUCCCUAGGAGUGGUGCCGUACCUCGGCGGAGAGCAGAGCUACUACCGCGCCGCUGCGGCGGCGGCCGGCGGGGGCUACACGGCCAUGCCGGCCCCGAUGAGCAUGUACUCCCACCCGGCCCACGAGCAGUACCCAGCCGGCAUGGCCCGAGCCUACGGGCCCUACACGCCACCGCCGCAGCCCAAGGAUAUGGUGAAGCCGCCCUACAGCUACAUCGCCCUCAUCACCAUGGCCAUCCAGAACGCUCCCGAUAAGAAGAUCACCUUGAACGGGAUCUACCAGUUCAUCAUGGAGCGGUUCCCUUUCUACCGGGACAACAAGCAGGGCUGGCAGAACAGCAUCCGCCACAACCUCUCCCUCAACGAGUGCUUCGUCAAGGUGCCCCGCGACGACAAGAAGCCCGGCAAGGGCAGCUACUGGACCCUCGACCCCGACUCCUACAACAUGUUCGAGAACGGCAGCUUCCUCCGCCGCCGCCGCCGCUUCAAGAAGAAGGACGCCGUCAAGGACAAGGAGGAGAAGGACCGCCUGCACCUCAAGGACCAUGCCCCGCCGCGCCCGCCGCCGCCCGCCGCCGCCGCCGAGCCCGAGGGCGGCCCCGCCGGGGGCAGCGCCGCGCCGCCGCCGCCGCCCGUCCGCAUCCAGGACAUCAAGACGGAGAACGGCACGGCCUCGCCGCCUCAGGCCGUGUCCCCCCCCGGCGCCGCGCCGCCGCUCGGCGCCGUGCCCAAGAUCGAGAGCCCCGACAGCAGCAGCAGCCUCUCCAGCGGCGGCAGCCCCCGCAGCACCCUCCCCUCCGGCCGCUCCCUCAGCAUGGAGGCCCCCGAGCCCCCGCCGCCCCCGCCGCCGCCUCCGCCGCCGCCCCACCACCACGGCCCGGGCUUCAGCGUGGACAACAUCAUGACCUCGCUGCGGGGCUCGCCGCAGGCCGCCGCCGAGCUGGGCGCCGGCCUCCUGGCUCCCGCCGCCGCCGCCCCGCGCACCGGCAUCCCGCCCGCCCUGUCCCUCGGCGGGUACUCGCCGGGACACAGCUCCGUCUACGGCUCGCCCUGCGGCCAGGCGGCCGCCGGCGCCGCCGCCGGCACCUACCACUGCAACAUGCAGGCCAUGAGCCUCUACGCGGCGGCGGGCGGCGCCGACCGGCCCGGCCACCUGCCCGCCGCGGCCACCAGCCCCGCCGAGGACCCGCUGCCCGAGUACGCGAUGCCCUCGGGCGGCGGCGGCGGCGGCGGCGGCGGCGGGGCGGGGGGCGGCGGCGGCGGGGCGCUGGGGCACGGCGGGCUGGGCGGCGCGGCGGGCGGCCACCAGGAGGGGCACCACCCGCACCCGCACCAGGGCCGCCUGGCCUCCUGGUACCUCAACCAGGCGGCGGCGGCGGCGGCAGCGGCGGCGGCGGCGGGGGAGCUGGGCCCGCUGGCGGGCGCGGCGGGCUACGCGGGGCCGCAGCAGGGCUUCGCCGCCGCCCCGAGAGAGGUCUUCGAGGCGCCGCGGCUGGGGCUCAGCGCCUCGCCGGGCGGCGGCGGAGGCGGCGGCGGCGGAGGGGCAGGGGGCGGCGGCGGCGGCGGGGCGGGGGGCGGCGGGAGCUGUCAGAUGGCCUUCCCCGGCAGCCAGCCGCUCUACCGCACCUCCGGGGCCUUCGUCUACGACUGCGGCAAGUUCUGAGCGCGCCCCGUGGCGGGGACACCGCGGGAACUCCGCCCCGCAGCGCGCCACCGGCCCCCGCAGCGCCCGCGGAGGGAAGCGAGCGCAUCGCGAAAAGCUUUUGUACAGAGACAGCCCCAAAGCAUGUCUUGGUUUGUUAAAGGAC